CAUUGUCAGAGAACUAAUUAAGAACGAUGGAACGAUCAUAAAUGAUGAAGAUGCGAACUCGAACACAGCUCUACAUUUAUCCUCCACUAAUGGACAUUGGCGAGUCAUUGAAGCAUUGUUGGAGAAGGGCGCGAUUAUUGACGCAAGGUUGGUAACCUGCGAUUAAGUGGCAUAAUAUCAGUUCAUUUUGUGUGUGAGAAGACUGCUUUCAGCUUGUCUUUCCCGAGCACCACGGGUUCUCUGCCGCCUGCCUCCUGAUGUCUCUUACUGGGCCUCUAGGGAGAACAGUUCAGAACUGAUAGAUCUAUCCAGUAUAAAUAGAGUUAGCUCAGGUUUGCUUCUGUAGAUUUCUGGGGAGAACAGUUUAGAACUGAUAGUUCUCUCUAGUAUAAAUAGAGUUACUAUAGUUUAGGUUUCCUCUUAUAGGAACACUGGAACAAAUAUAAUACACUUAGUUUAGUUUAGAGUUCAACCCUCGGUAACACUGGACAAAUGAGAGCAUAAUUCUGCAAUCUUUCUUUUUCUAGAAAUCUUUACGCAUGGACUCCAUUGGAUUGUGCCGCAUCUCAGGGCUGGACAAAGAGUGCAAACAUUCUAAUAGAAUAUGACGCACCCAUUGAUCCUAUUGAUAAAGCAAGAGUGAGUGCGUUUAUCGAUAUAGUACAAUCUGCAGACAUGCGUGCUACGCCUCAUUACUGCAACUUGCUACACGUCUAGAUACGUGAUGACCACCGUAUUUACACAUACGAGCUUGCUCUUACCAAGCGCAUGUGGUACAACACGAUGACAGCAACGCAUCCAUGCACAGAGUGUACCGGGGCCAGAGUGCUCAAACGACCACCAGGGAAAUGAACUUUGCAUUUAUAUUAUAUAUCGAUCAAUCUCGUAUAUCAGGAUUUUGGGCACCUAUACUCGAUAUAACUAAUUAUAAGAGUUUUGUAGAUGUAGGUAACAGCCACAUGUAGUAGUCACUGUACCAUUGAUUGUCUUAAGAUGAUUCCGCUACCACGUAGCCGUACUAUUAAUUAUCUUAAGGUGACUCCGCUACCGCUUAGCCUUGCUAUAAAUUGUCUUAAGGUGACUCCGCUACCACGUAGCCUUACUAUUAAUUAUCUUAAGGUGACUCCGCUACCGCUUAGCCUUGCUAUUAAUUGUCUUAAGGUGACUCCGCUACCACGUAGCCGUACUAUUAAUUAUCUUAAGGUGACUCCGCUACCACUUAGCCUUGCUAUUGAUUGUCUUAAGGUGACUCCGCUACCACGUAGCCUUACUAUUAAUUGCCUUAAGGUGACUCCGCUACCACGUAGCCUUACUAUUAAUUGUCUUAAGGUGACUCCGCUACCACUUAGCCUUACUAUUAAUUAUCUUAAGGUGACUCCGCUACAUUUGGCCUCACAAUGUGGUCAUCUCGAUAUGAUCAAAUUACUGUUGGAUAAUCAUGCUGACGUUUGUCUCAGAGAUGCCGGCGGAAGAAAUGCGCUGGAUAUGGCGAUAGAUGAAGGACAUAAGUGAGUUUGGGACAAUUUGUUUAACGUUAGAUGAUUCACAGUUUGUCUACAUAAGCUUUAAUAAUAGACAUGACCUUUUACUAUUCAACCUGCAUUACUGCUAUAAUUUACUCGUAACGAAAAUUAGUCAAAUAGUCGAUAGUGUCGCAGAUGUGGAUUUUGGAGAUCGAUGGUAACAAAUGCUCUUGUCUUACUUAGACAAUGCGCUUUGGAAAUCUUGAGUCGUGAAAACUGGCGCAAAUCAAUGCGAAGCAGAUCAGUCGAACGAGGAGUGACGACCACACCUUUGCGAAAAAUGAUUAUGAAGGAACCAGGUUUGUUUUAAAAGAGGAAAUUCUUGUCAAGAUUUUCAAAUGACAUGGUGGCACAGCUGCCUCUUAUGUUUUUUACUGGACCUCUAGGGAGAACAGUUUAAACUGAUAGAACUAUCCAGUGUAAUAAACCUAGUUUAGAUUGAGGUUUCCUUGUAAAGGGUGCUAUUUUGCAGAGCUUUACUGAGAACAUUUUAGAACUAUUUAAGCUAUGCAAUUUAAACCAACAGGCCUUCGGAGUCACGGACAUUGUUCAUUCGUGAAAUUGUCCGACGUAGAUAGGAAACCACUGCACAUUCUGUCCGACCUAAGUGAAACAGAGGUUUAUUGUUUGUCCGACCUGAGUGAAUUGGUGUCCGACCGAACUGUAGCCUUGUCCGAUGUAAAUCAAAAUGCACCUUAGUCCAGGACUAGAGGGUCGCAUGUUAAAUGGAGAAUCAGAGUGAUGUAUAAAAAGUGAACUGGAAAUGUGUAAUCAAGUGCGGGGUUUUCAUCGUGGGGUUCGGAAAUUCAUUGCCAAGAUUCAAAUGACUUGAUUCAAAUUCCAAAUUGUGUGAUAUUGAUGUGUGUUUGCAUUCAUCCUCAUUUCCAAGCCAAACUGAACUUAAAGUCAUUGGACACCCAUCGGACAUGACAAUACAUAUGUCCGACCCAAACUCCAAGUCAUCGAACAUUUUGUCAGACGGUUACCCGUGGCCUGACCAACCUUCGCUUACUUUAAACCAAUUGGAUAUUUUCCUUCUCUCAGAUAUAGCCGAAAUUGUGUUCAACAAAUGCACGACACUCAGUGACGACGCUCCAGACAGUCUGGACUUUACAGUAAAUCUGGACUAUGAAUUCCUGGAAGACAUCUACGCAGAGUGGAUAGACACUGUAGGGGAUGACGUCAGCAUUGCGAGCGAGGACACCCCUCUAUUUGAACCUGAAACCUUGUCACUGUUCAGCGUGGAGCAACGGAAUGCGGAGUACAAGUCGAUUGACACGAAAACAGAGAACGAGAAAUUACGAGAUUUGGAACGAAAGAAGAAUCAUCCGCUUAUGUUGAUG